GAAUACACUCGCCUUGUUUAAAACCCUGCAGCUGCCGCGGAGAUACCUUCGCCUCAUACUGGGUCGCUGAUCGUGCAUGCCAACAACAAUUCACGAUGCUCCCCGACGACCAGAAACGGCCGGUGCAGCAGCCCGCGGAUGUCGAUGAGUUCGACUCGGACGGAUACAGUUCGGCAGAAAUCUUGAAUGCCCUCAAGAAUGAAGACCAUCAACAUGAGAUUCAGCUGCGGACCAUGUCCUGGCAGAAGGGGGCGUGGCUGCUGUGCGGAGAGCAGGUCUGUCUGGCCAUCAUGUCGCAAUCCUGGUCGCUCUCCGUCUUGGGAUGGGUGCCAGGAAUCAUCACCAUGUUAGUGUCGGGGAUCCUCUUCUGGAUUACCUCGAUGACCAUGCACAAGUUUAUCAUGAAACACCCGCAGAUCCGAAACAUAUGUGACUUCGGAUACUAUGCAUUUGGGAAGAGCAAGGCUGCCUAUGCAUUCGCCGGGUUCAUGCUGAUGGCCAACAACAUCCUUCUGAUCGGCUUCCACAUCUUGACGGGGGCCAAGAUCCUCAACACCCUGUCCGAUCACUCCCUCUGCACGGUGGUUUUCUCGGUCAUCUGCACAAUCAUGGGGGUGGUGCUCUCGGUCCCCCGAACGCUGCACCAUGUCUCCUUCAUGUCCAUGUUCUCCUCGGCCUGCAUGGCCAUCUCUAUCCUUCUGUUCCUUAUCUUUGCGGGGAUUGAGAAAGCGCCCCUGUACGGAUACAACGGGGACUACCCCAGCGAUGGCCCCGUGCACACCUACGCCUUUCCCCUUCCUGGCACCACCUGGGUCAAUUGCAUGAACGCCGUCCUCAACAUCACCUUCCUCUGGGUGCCUCAGAUCCUCUUUCCGACCUUCAUCUCGGAGAUGGAGCGCCCGCAGGAUUUCCCCAAGGCCCUCGCCGUCCUCACCGGCAUCUCCGUCAUCCUGUUCAUCGUGCCCCCCGCCAUCGGAUUUCGAUACCUGGGUCAGUACGCCACCGCACCGGCUUUCGGUAGUCUGGGGACGGUCGCGUACAAGAAGGCCUCGUUCGGGUUCGUGAUCGCGCCUACCCUCAUCAUCGCCGUCAUCUACGCCAACGUCAGCGCCAAGUUCGUGUUCGGGCAUCUGAUGGGCCGCUCGCGCCAUGCGCACAGCAACACGGUCAUCGGCUGGGGGGUGUGGCUGGGCCUGAUGGUGGUGAUCUGGGUGCUGGGGUUCAUCUUCUCCGAGGUCAUCCCCAGCAUGGGCGACUUCUUGUCGCUGCUGGGCGCGGCCUUCGACUCGUUCUUUGGGUUUAUUUUCUUCGCGGUCGCCUACUGGCAGUUGUACCGGGGCAGGCUGUUUGCAGGCGCGGGACGCAGCGUCAUGACAGUCAUCCAUAUCAUUGUGAUGGCAUGCGGGUUGUUUCUGUUAGGCCCGGGGCUGUACGCGGCCGUCGAGGCGAUCAUCGCCGAUUAUGCGGGGUCGACUUCGCCGGCGUUCAGUUGUGCUAAUCUAUCCCUGUAACUGUGUCAUGAUCUACCUGUCUGUUAUGAACGAGAUGAAUGUGAAUGUUGGAGUCGGGUAUGGUUUCAGUGUGUCGGGGUAUAGGUCCGCAUGAACGUGCCUCUUCAUGUCUUGGU